UGUAUACACAGUCCGGCAGGCAGAAGAACUUCAGGAUGAGUUACAGCAAGAGAUGGACAAUGUAGUAGAGAGGAGAAGGAAAGCUAUGCAAAGAAAGGCUAGACUAGAGAGUAGAGCUCAUGAGCUAGGCAGACUGGAAAGACUAGAUGAGUCAACAUUAGACCCUGUUGUCUGUGUGCUGCGAGGCGCCUUACUUUCAGUGGCGGAAGCACAAAGCGUUCAGCAGGAAUUGUUGGCUGAUUUGGUAACAGACCAGAAACAAAUUCUGGCUGAACUUCGGGGCCCUUGCACUAUGGUGAGGCCGCCACAAUUUGCGGUAGUUCCCCUUGCAGCUGCGGGUCCAUCAUCGAUGCCGCAACGCACAGGGCAAACUUUUUGUCCCAUGUUUGGCAUGCCCUCCCCGGGUGGUUUAGUAGCAACUAGUGGUCCGGUUCAUUCAGUCUCAGUCGUACCAUCUACAACAGUGGUCACUACAGUCCCACUGUCCAGCCAGGCUCAGGUUAGUAUGCAACAGCCUGUUUCAGUGGCUAUGCAGCUGCUGCAGCAAGCACCUGGGCCCAUGCAGCCUAUGCAGUGGAUGCCCAAGAUAGCUUUGAUGAGUCUUAAGCCAUUCUCUGGCGGUAAGAAGAAGGAGGAAGACUUGGAUAUUUGGGUGAGAAUUGUGCUUACUUAUGUGAGGCAUAAGCUCACAAGGUCAGAGCAAGAAGUUGUAGUGGCUGCCUACUUUUUAGAAGGAUCGACAACCCGCUGGUUAAAUGGCUUAGUGCAACAACAGGGCUACAGUCAAAACUUCGAUGCCUGGGCACAAUCCCAGACAUUGGAAGAGUUCAUACGGUCCGUGUACAACAGGUGGCAUGACCCACAAGGGGCUCAGAAGGCCACUGACGCUAUCAAAAGUCUUUGUUCCCGAAGGUUCAAGAAUGUUAGAGAGCUAACGGACGCCGUAGAACGAUUAAUCGUGGUACCUGGUGUGCGUUUUGACCAGCAGGUUCUCCUAACCGAUUACCUAAGGUGCCUACCUUCAGAGGAAAGGACCAAGCUGGUUGAUGAAGCCUAUGUUGAACAGCACACCUUCGCUUCUUUCAGUAAGAAAGCCCUGGACAUCGAGGCAAAGCUAGGAUCUGCACAUCAGGCACCCAACGAUGGUAGGAAGAGACUGCCCCAAGAUUGGAAGAAAAAGGGUCAGUUAAUGUUCGUUGACCACGAUGGUCAAAUGACGGAGAUUGACGACUACUCAGAUCUUGGGGAGUUCACAGAGCACGAUGGGGGUGGUGAGACUUCAGAUGGUGGAGUUGUGGCAUUCAUCAAGGAAAAGGCAAGGGGGAGCGGGAAGAAGAAGGUAGUAUGGUCCACGGGUCAGGGCGACCAAGGAACACCCGCAUGGGUGAAGAUUGGUUUAGAAUACGAGGUGUGGCGUGACCGCGUUGCUAGGGGUACAUGCAUGAACUGUGGCAACUAUGACCACACGUCCAGGACUUGCCGCGGCAAGAAGAUCACCACGAAGGUAACCUCACCAACGGGGGUGGGUUUAUCGUCGAACCCUGGAAGUGUUUCUGCAAGCAGCUCACAGGGAAACACCUCGGGYCAGUAGGAGUGUUAGCCGCUCUUACUCGCGCUGAAGUGGUAACGUUGCCACUUCAGACGUUCGCCAAGGCUAGUGACCCACAUA